GAGACUAGGACCACUUCCUGAAGCGCGAGACAGGAAGUUAUCUGGUAUCUCUGGAGUCCCGUGGAGAAAGUACCGGCUGCCGCAUUGGUGGCGGGUAGAGCAGGCGGUGGGUCGGCGGACUGGCUGUUUGGUCUCGCCGCAGCUAGGGGCCCGUUUCCAUCGCAGCACCACGGCCCCCUCCUCCAGCCCAGACCCCGGCGCGGCUGCCCGGGGGGCUCCUUCAGGCUCCUUGACGCCGCUCCAAGGGGCAUCUACCUGGGCAUCGCCAGGGCCUCCCGCCGGGCGACUGGCUCCCGCCUUCAGCACUCCGGGCCACUGUAAGAAGUGCCCUUAUCAACCCGUGCCGUGUCCCCCUCCCUGAGCCAUCGAGACCCUGGUCCAGAGCGACAGCCUUGGACCUGGGACUAGACGGAUCCAAGACGCUAAGCCCUGGCCUCCUACAGACGGGGCUCUGCAUCGUCUCUGAUAUGUCACCCACCAUCUCCCACAAGGACAGCAGUCGGCAACGACGGCCAGGGACUUUUAACCACUCUCUAGAUAUGAAGAGCGGUCCUCUGCCGCCGGGCGCCUGGGAUAAUUAUCCGGACUUGGUUGGCGGGGAAGGGGACAAAGAAGCUCUUCUGCGGGAUAUCGGCGCUAGUGACUUCUCAAAACCCCCAAGGAGCUGCCGGGCGGAAUUAAGCAGCAUUUUGCUGUUGCUCUUUCUUUACGUGCUUCAGGGCAUUCCACUGGGCCUGGCGGGAAGCAUCCCACUCAUUUUACAGAGCAAAAAUGUUAGCUAUACAGAUCAAGCUUUCUUCAGUUUUGUCUUUUGGCCCUUCAGUCUCAAAUUGCUCUGGGCCCCUUUGGUUGAUGCGGUUUACUUUAGGAACUUCGGUCGUCGCAAAUCUUGGCUUGUCCCUACACAGUAUAUACUGGGACUCUUCAUGAUAUAUCUCUCUACUCAAGUGGACCAUUUGCUCGGAAAUACAGAUGGCAGAACCCCCGAUGUGGUUGCUCUCACAGUGACAUUCUUUUUGUUUGAAUUCCUGGCAGCUACUCAGGACAUCGCUGUGGAUGGCUGGGCGUUAACUAUGUUAUCCCGGGAAAACGUGGGUUACGCUUCUACUUGCAAUUCAGUGGGCCAAACAGCCGGUUACUUUUUGGGCAAUGUUUUGUUUUUGGCCCUUGAAUCUGCCGACUUUUGUAACAAAUACUUGCGGUUUCAACCUCAACCCAGGGGAAUCGUUACUCUUUCAGAUUGGUUUUUCAGCAGCAGAUGCAGUAACAGGACUGAAAUUGGUAGAAGAGGGAGUACCCAAAGAACAUUUAGCCUUAUUGGCAGUUCCAAUGGUUCCUUUGCAAAUAAUAUUGCCUCUGAUUAUCAGCAAAUAUACUGCAGGUCCCCAGCCACUAAACAUAUUUUACAAAGCCAUGCCCUACAGGUUACAUUGUAUAGCAUGUAUGUUUCCAUAAUGGCUUUCAAUGCGAAGGUUAGUGAUCCACUUAUUGGCGGAACAUAUAUGACCCUUUUAAAUACUGUGUCCAACCUGGGAGGAAACUGGCCUUCUACAGUAGCUCUUUGGCUGGUAGAUCCCCUCACAGUGAAAGAGUGUGUAGGAGCAUCAAACCAGAAUUGCCGAACACAUGAUGCUGUUGAGCUUUGCAAAAAACUCGGUGGCUCAUGUGUUACAGCACUGGACGGUUAUUAUGUGGAGUCCAUUAUUUGUGUUUUUAUUGGAUUUGGUUGGUGGUUCUUUCUUGGUCCAAAACUUAAAAAGUUACAGGAUGAAGGACCAUCUUCAUGGAAGUGCAAAAGGAGCAAGUAAUGCAUUCACUACUGGACAUUCUAGAAAGGUAACUCUAGUUUAGUUUUAACUCAGAGAGUUACGAUAAUCAGUGUACAGGAGUAUAAAAUAUUAUUUUAAACAGGAAAUUAUUAAUAUAAAAUGCCAAAUGGUUAAAAAUAUAGGGACCUCUCUGUAUAUUUAAAUAUACUUUUCCUUGCCUUGUCAAUGUAUUUAAAGUUUACUUAAGGUCAGGAAAUUGGUACUAAAACAACUUUUCUGAUCUUGUUAUUUGAUUUAUGUCUUUUUAAUUUACUGACCAAAGCAUGUUUUAAGCUGCAAUGCAGUAGUCAUGGGCGGUAACCAUGCAGUCAAGUAUUGUUAUCAGUACCUAUCAUUGAGCUAUAUUAAAAUGUUUGGUAAAAUAUAUUAAAUGGAACAGAGCUUGAUAUUCAGGUACUAACUACAACUAGUUUGGCCUUGUUGGCAGUUCAAUCUUAUUUUGAAUUGCAAAUUGGUUAAAUUUUAUCUGGAAUUUCUUGAGAAGAGAAUAUAAACUACUGAAAUACCAUUUUAGUUUUAAUUUUUCUGACCAUAACCACAUUGUGCUAAUGAAUCUGUGUUAAAAAGACUAUUUUAAAUGUAUUUCCUGCUUUUGUAAGCAUUAAAGAUUUAUAGGAAGAUUAUUCAAACUAUUUUUUAUAAAAUGAAAACUAUGACUUUUAAUUUAUUUGUUCCCCUCCCCCUUCCCCCCUUUUGGAAGAUAUUUUGAUUCCUUGUUAAUUUUACCCUAAAGCUUACAUAUGGUUUUUUGUCGUAAGUGCUUCAUGACACAUGGACAGCUCACAAGUGGUUCAAAUUUAAUGUUGUAUAUAUGUUCAUGGCAAAGUUUUGAAAAUAAAAAUUAAAUGUUUUUCUUCAAGUAGUUUUCUUUUUAUUAUUGAGAGAAAAACAGUAAAACUUACUGAUUAAGAAAAAUUUAAAUGAAUAAUAGUGUAAUUUUAGAAACUGUUUUGAAGAGAGAGACAAAGACAUUUUGUGCCUUUGACAAAUUAUGUGUUGGAAAAAGAUUUCUUAAUUAAGCACUGUCCUAAUGAGAAAAGCUCUCACAAUUAUACGGAAUCAGGUACUAUGUUUCCUAUUAUUAAAACACAACCUUCUGUUUGUAAACUAUAGUUUCUAGUGGAGAAUUGCUAUCCCAGGAGAAUUAAGCUUUUGAGUACUUUAGCAAUUUCCAACAUAUUAUGUGUACCUGGUAAUAAGGUUCUUUGCAUAUUUUGUGUUGUAUGGUACUCGGACUCUUUAGAGAUUACAUAAAGCCUUCAAAAGUUAGAGAAAAAGACAUAUUAAGUUGACUUUUUUUUUUUAACAUCUUUAUUAGAGUAUAAUUGCUUUACAAUGGUGUGUUAGUUUCUGCUUUAUAACAAAGUGAAUCAGUUAUACAUGUGUCCCCAUAUCAGUUGACUCUUAUUUAAUAAUUAUUAUCUUUGUGGGAAAAUACAUACUAAUGUUUGAUUUUGUUAAUUUUAUAACAUAGGUUGAAUUUUAGAGUGGGGUUUUUAUAAGUAAUGGAGGAUAAAAUGGGUGGGAGAAAAUGGCACUCAGCAUCUGAAGAAAGAUAGAGGCAGUGGCUUCUAGAACUCGUGCAUUGCCAUUGGAAACCCUGUGUCGGGCAUCGCUGUCAGAUCCUGAAGAAUCACCUGGAAAAUCGUCCUAGAGACAUACCAAACCAUAGACUACAGUACUUUGUCACGUGUGUUGUCCUUUGUCAUGUAUUAUAAUCAAAAUGUUUACUUGAAUAAAGAAAACCCACUAACUCUCA